AGUUUAGCGUACCUGUGGAAGCUGAAAGGAAGAACGGCGUCACAUGUCCCGGAACCAAAAAAGCAUUUAACUUAUGUGUCACACGACGAUCAAGGUGUCAAAGAAUAUUUAUUAUGCUGGACUUUACCAUAUUUACAAAACGCGUCGUUCGAAAUAAAAUACUGUCGUGUUGACGUGAAUGACAAGCUUGUUUUUUGGCUAGAAACCCCAGCAUGAUCGGUUGCUUACGAUUCCCAACAUUGCUUCCUAUGGGGCCAGCCUGAAGCUCCACCCCUGUCGCAGUAUUUCGCUUGUACUCUGCCCAGGUUCUGAGGGACGAGUGGUUUCCACAGGCCAUGGAGAUGCUUGACACGACCGUGCUUCCCUUCUGGCCGAGGCGCGUCUGGCACCUGGCGUGCGUCUUUUGCUUAGUUGCCAUCGCCUUCAAGCUGGCAAAGCUGCUAGUGAAGAGGAGAGAAUUCGUCCGGGUGCUUCAGCCUUUCCCAGGACCACCUAAACACUGGCUUUACGGCCACGUCCAUGAGUUUCCCCAGGACGGGACAGAUUUAGAGAAGAAUAUAAAAUGGGGAGAGAAGUAUCCUCUGGCUUUUCCCUUGUGGUUCGGGCCUUUCGUGGCUUUUCUGAAUAUCCACCACCCGGAAUACGUGAAGACUAUCCUGGCAUCCACAGAGCCAAAAGACGACUUUGCAUACAAAUUCCUUAUUCCAUGGAUAGGGAAUGGUCUGCUUGUGUCACAAGGUCAGAAAUGGUUCCGCCACAGAAGACUGCUCACCCCUGGCUUCCAUUAUGACAUCCUGAAGCACUAUGUUACACUCAUGGCUGAUUCUGCAAGGGCCAUGCUGGACAAAUGGGAGAUUUACGCCGACCAGGAUGAACCAUUCGAGCUUUUCAAUCAUGUGAGCUUGAUGACACUGGACAGCAUAAUGCAGUGCGCGUUCAGCUGCAGAAGCAAUUGUCAGACCGAAAGUGGCACCAACUCCUACAUUCAGGCUGUCUACGAGCUGAGUUACCUUGUAAACCUCCGGUUCCGCACCUUUCCUUACCACAGUGACAUUAUCUUCUACCUCAGCCCGCAUGGUUACAGAUUCCGAAAGGCCUGCAAGAUAGCACAUAAGCACACAGAGGAGGUCGUUAGACAAAGGAAGGAGGCUCUGAAGAAUGAACGGGAACUGGGAGCAGAACAGAAGAAGAGGAACCUGGACUUCCUUGAUAUCUUGCUGUGUACAAGAGACGAGGACCAGCAGGGGCUGUCAGACGAAGAUAUCCGUGCCGAGGUGGACACGUUCAUGUUCGAGGGGCACGACACGACAGCCAGCGGGAUCUCCUGGAUUUUCUACGCCCUGGCCGGCCAACCCGAGCACCAGGAAAAAUGUCGGGCUGAGGUCAUGGAUGUCCUUAAAGGGAAGGACACCAUGGAAUGGGAAGAUCUGAGCAAAAUCCCAUACACCACCAUGUGUAUAAAGGAGUGUCUCCGACUCUAUCCGCCGGUCCCUGGGACAUCUCGCAAGCUGACGAAGCCCAUGACUUUCUUCGACGGCCGGACGUUACCAGAAGGUUUCCUCGUCGGAACCAGCGUUUUCGGCAUUCACCGGAACCACAUGGUUUGGGAAAACCCCCAUGAGUUCAACCCCCUGAGAUUCCUCCCGGAAAACUGUGCCAAGCGCCCUCCCCACGCCUUUGUGCCCUUCUCUGCGGGCCCGAGGAACUGCAUUGGGCAGAACUUCGCCAUGAAUGAGAUGAAGGUGGCUGUGGCCCUGACUCUGAAACGGUACCGAUUGGAGAGGGACCCCAGCUUUGUCCCUAAGAUGAUCCCGCGGUUGGUGCUCCGCUCCCUCAACGGCAUCCAUCUAAAGAUCAAGCGUGUGACGCCCGACCCCUGAGUCCCAGCCCCCCGACUCUAUAAAAACAGACAUUCCCGCUCUACAUAAUGCCUUUUACAAUUACAUUAACUAUUCCACACGGUAUUGGUGUCGAUGUCAUAGUGUUAAUGGUUAUACUGAAAUUAGGAUGAUUUAAAAUCUUAAUCCAGAUUUUAUGCAAAUUGAAGAGAUGUGCUCUUGGCAGAGCAUCCUGGAAGAUAAGCUAUUGUGUUACCAAGACAACAGUUUGUCAGACCCUCCCCCCUAAAUUCGAACAUGAUUAAAGACACUGAUUAAAUGUG